UGUUUUGACCUCGUAAACCCCGUUCGCCAUUAACCAUUUAGCUCACAGCAAAGUCUUCCAUGGUUUUUUUAUGCCCAUAAACUCCUCCACCAAAUUCAAGGGCCAAAAACUAUUCCUAGAAAGCAAUACGGGAAGAACCCAUCUUUCUUUAGCUUCCUUGUUUCUUGAUCUGAUCUUUGUGUUGUAGUCAACUGUAGUGAAAGACUUUGAAGGUUGGUCCGCCGUGGUGGCCAUGGCGGAUUUUGUGAAACAAAUCUUGGCAACGCCAAUCCAAUUAGCUGACCAAGUCGCCAAGGCCGCAGAAGAGGCCAGUUCGUUCAAGCAGGAGUGUGCGGAGAUUAAAUCCAAGACCGAGAAGCUUGCCGGGCUUCUCCGGCAGGCUGCCAGAGCCAGCUCCGAUCUCUAUGAGCGACCCACCCGGCGGAUUAUCGACGACACCGAUCAAGUCCUCGAGAAGGCUCUAUCCCUCGUGGUCAAGUGCCGCGUCAACGGCAUCGUGAAGCGCGUUUUCACCAUCAUCCCCACCGCUGCCUUUCGCAAAAUGUCCGCCCAGCUCGAGAAUUCGAUUGGGGACUUGUCUUGGCUGCUCCGCGUGUCAGCUCCGGCCGACGAUCGUGGCGACGAGUACUUGGGUCUGCCUCCUAUUGCAGCAAACGAGCCAAUUCUGUGUCUCAUAUGGGAACAGAUUGCGAUUCUUUCUACGGGUUCGCUCGAGGACCGAUCCGAUGCGGCGGCUUCACUGGUUUCCCUUGCCCGGGACAAUGAUCGGUACGGGAAGCUGAUCAUUGAGGAAGGUGGGGUGGGACCCUUGUUAAAACUGAUCAAAGAGGGCAAACAGGAAGGGCAAGAGAACGCUGCCCGGGCGAUUGGGCUACUGGGACGCGACCCGGAAAGCGUCGACCACAUGAUCGUCGCGGGUGUAUGUUCGGUGUUUGCGAAAAUCCUCAAAGAAGGCCCCAUGAAAGUCCAGGCGGUGGGGGCUUGGGCUGUUUCGGAGCUCGCGGCUAAUUAUCCCAAGUGCCAAGAUCUUUUUGCCCAAAACAAUGUAAUUCGGUUGCUGGUGAGCCAUCUCGCGUUUGAGACCGUUCAGGAGCAUAGUAAGUAUGCCAUUACUAGCAGCAGAGCAACAUCCAUCCACGCCGUUGUAAUAGCAAGUAAUAGUCCAAACGCCAAGAAUAUGAACAAGGCAGUUGACGAGGACGACAAACAUUGGCAGAAUCAAAUUCCCCAUCCCAUGGGGAAUAAGACCCCGAGUCAGAUGCACAAUGUGGUAACCAACACCAUGGCCAUGAGGUCCCAGUCCAAGCCACUCCAACCGCAAGGCAAUGUUUCGACUCAAAACAACCACAACAAUGCCACGAACAACAACCAUAACAAUGCGAAGCAGAAUCACCAACUCCACCAUCAGCAUAACGUUUCUCUUUCAGGGGCUGCUCUUAAUCUCAAGGGGAGGGAACUGGAAGACCCUGAUACGAAGGCCAACAUGAAGGCAAUGGCUGCAAGAGCUCUUUGGCACCUUUGCAAAGGAAACUCGUCCAUCUGCCGCAGCAUCACUGAAUCGAGAGCAUUGUUAUGCUUCGCAGUUCUCCUAGAGAAAGGGCCCAAAGAUGUCAAGUAUAAUUCCGCCAUGGCAUUGACGGAGAUCACUGCGGUGGCUGAGAAAGAUGCUGAAUUGAGAAGAUCUGCCUUCAAGCCCAAUUCACCUGCCUGUAAAGCUGUUGUUGACCAGUUGCUAAAGAUCAUUGAGGAAGAAGAUUCAGACCUCCUCAUCCCAUGUAUCAAGGCUAUUGGGAAUUUGGCAAGGACAUUCAGGGCAACAGAGACAAGGAUGAUCGGCCCCUUAGUGCAGCUUCUCGAUGAGAGAGAAGCUGAGAUAUCCAAGGAGGCUGCAAUUACUCUCACAAAAUUUGCCUGCAAAGAAAACUAUCUCCACCUAGAUCACUCUAGGGCAAUCAUCAGUGCCGGAGGACCAAAGCAUUUGGUCCAGCUGGUGUAUUUUGGAGAACAAGUUGUUCAAAUCUCAGCAUUGCCACUCCUAUGUUACAUUGCACUGCAUGUCCCAGACAGCGAGAUACUUGCGCAGGCCGAGGUGCUCACCGUGCUUGAAUGGGCUUCCAAACAAUCGUACCUGACCCACAACGAAGCAUUGGAAGUAUUGUUAGAAGAAGCCAUUAGCAGGUUGGAGCUUUAUCAAUCCAGACGUUCAAGGGCAUUCCAUUGAUUCAAUCAACAAAACCUGUAACUUCUUGUUGAAAAAAAAAAAAAAAAAAAACGAAUAAUUUCUCAAAAGUUUUCUCAUUUUGUUUUUUUUUUUUUGGGGGGUCUGUAAUCAUUCUCAUGGGGUGUACAUACAUUUAAUUUUACUGCAUUCUAUAAUUGUUAAGAAGCAUUUUCAAUCCUUUAGAUUGC